UUGCCUGAAGAAAGAUCUUUUGAAUUUGCAACAAUACAGUAAGUGAUGUCAAAGAAACGACCAGCAAACGAUCCAUCAUGGAGUGGUGGCAAUACGACAUACAAAGACAAGAUGGUGCAGAUGACCCAGCAAGAGCGAUUAAUAGAGGAGAAGAAAAAGCAAAUAAUGGAAAAAAUACAGUCUCAACCCCCUCAACCGGCUGUGCCCCAGAGUUCAACGACUGUAAAGAAAGCAGGAUUACCAUCUUGGAUGAAAAAAUCCAAAGCUGCAAAAGAAACAGAGAAAGAGAAGGCCGCGCCUAGUCCCGAGUUUUUCUCCAAUGACGGCAGUUUCAUGGACAGAUUUUUGGCAAUGCAAGCAGCAGCUGCAGCUGGAAAAGUAAACUCUAGUUCAGAUAAAAGUGAGAAGAAAUCAGAAAAAGAAAGUAAACCUGAAACAAAAACUGUAAACGUGAAAGAUGAGAAGAAUGACUCUCAAACUGUGGAGUCCCUUACCAGGGAGAGGCCUGAAUCCAAGGUUUACAACCCAUCCAAACAACUGGACAAACCAAUGGACAAUAGACCAGAAAAAGACACUGGAAACAGAUCAGGAUUUACAAGACAGGAUAGUUCUCCAGCAAGUCAUCCAUCUGGUAGUAAUCAAAGAAUGUUCCAGCCUGGGCAACCUAGGGCUCCCACACCUCAGAAUAAUGUAAGAGGACCUGCUCCCCAGCAGCCACAAAUACCUACCAGGCUGCCACAACAAGCUCCCCAUCCUUCACCUUCUCAGCAGCAACCAGGACCUCCUCGUAAUUUUCAAGUAGCACCACAGCAAGCACCAUUGAGGGCACCAGCUCAACAAAUGCAUCCAGGAGGGCCUCCAACAGCUCAAUUACCACCAGGUCUGCAGAAUCCUAAUUUCACACAGAACCCCCCACAGACUCCUCCUAAUGUAAGCUUGCCACCACAAUCGGUAGCUUUUACACAAGCUCCCAACAUGCAGGACAAUCCCCCUUUCAUGCAUCCACAUCCAAAUGCCCCAGCUCAGCAAACAAGAUUUGGAGGACCACCACCUCCUGGACCAAACCCUGGUAUGUUUCCUCAAAGACAACCUGCUUUGCCUCCUGGGUCGCAGGCUCCACCUUUUAGACCUUCAAAUUCUUUUGGUGCCCCUCCUCCUCCUCCACCACAGUCUCAGAGACCCCCUGCACCUGGAGCAUAUGGUCCUCCAAAUCCACCACCUCCACAAGGUCCAGGAAACUUUAGUGGGCCUCCACCAUCUAGCUCUCCACCUGCACAGUUUGGUGGAUUUAAUCAACAACCCCCUCUUCCAAAUCCAGCCAAUUUUCCACAGAAUCGACCUCCUGCUCCAACCUAUGGAGGACCUCCACCUCCUCCCCAGGUAACACCGUUUGGCCAACCCCCUACACAGCCACCACAAAUGAAUUUGGGACCUUUUGGCAAUAUGCCAAAUUCACAAGUUACUAACAGGCCCCCUGCUCCACCAAAUGCAUUUGGGGGACCACCACCACCUCCUGGAGUUGCAACAUUUGGAGGCCCUGCCCAGCCUCCUCAUCCAGGCCCCCCUCCUGGACCUCCUCCACCAGGAAACUUUACAGGACAGCCCCAAAUACUUCCACCACAGUCAACUGCUGCAUUUGGAGGUCCUCCAAGUGGCCCUCCGCCUCAAAUGACUCGUGCAGGAGCAAUGUAUGGAAUUCCUCCCCAACAGCCAGGGUCACUUUUGUCCCCUCCGGUUCAGCGUGGGGAUGGUACAGAGGCUAUGUAUGGAGAGUAUGGACCGCUUGUGAUAAAAAAAGAAAUCAAGCAGGAAUGCUCUUCCUCGGACUAUGAUCCAUCAAUGCCAACAGAAGGUGAUUCUCCAGUUAAACUUGCUGCUGAUGAUGAUAUCAAGUUAGAAAGGGACCAAAAGUCUCCACAUGUUGCUAUGCAGAUGAGAGCAAGUGGUAGCAGAUUGGAUAGGAAAAGACCUUCAGUGUUUGAUGACACAGAUGAAGAACUCAGAACAGUUUCUCCCCCAGAGGAUCCUGACACAGUGGUACUGGUGGAGCAGAUGGCAGCUUUCUUUGCCCAGUGUUCUCCUGACAAAGAAAAGCAGGCCCUGGAAGAUUACAAGGACAACCCUGUUUUCUGGUUUUUGUAUGACGAAUCGAGUCAGGCACACAGAUAUUUCAAGUAUAAAGUGUUAGAACUGAGGGGGCAGGUUCCAGAUGGCAAUGAAGCUGAUUCAGAGGAUGUGGAUGGGAAAUGCGCUUCAGGAUCCAAAAUGAAGAAGAAGAAGAGAAGUAGAUGGGGUCCUCAGGAUGAUCAGCCACCGUCAGUUGCACCGGCGGGAGUACCCCAGGCAGUGGGCACCAAUGUUCCACAGUCAAGGCCACCACGUGUGACAUUGCAGGACUUUGCCAGGAAAAUGGUAGGCAGUGAUACAUUGAAUGAGGAACAGAUCAAACAGAUUCGUCACCAGCAAGAGAUGAACAUGAUGUACGAAUUAAUCCUGGCUAAAAAGAAAGUGGAAGAGGCUGCUUUAGUGGCAGACGCCAUCAACUCAGCUCCACCAAAGAAAAAUAAAUACGAGUAUGAUUCGGACGAAGAAGUAGAGGGUGGAACCUGGGAACACAAACAGAGAACAACAGAAAUGGAAGCCACAAGGGAUUGGGCUGAAGCUCUAACGGAGGCUAACAAGGGAAAGCAUUUUAUUGGUGAUUUCUUGCCCCCAGAUGAAUUGGAAAGAUUCAUGGAAACUUUCAGGGCAUUAAAAGAAGGCAGAGAACCUGAUUUGUCCGACUACAAAGAUUUCAAACUAACCUGUGAAAACCUGGGGUAUCAGAUGCUUCAGAAGCUUGGCUGGAAAGAAGGAGAAGGGCUUGGUUCUGAGGGACAGGGAAUCAAGGCCCCAGUCAACAAAGGAUUAGUUUCUGUGGAAGGGAGGGGUGUUGGAAUAGAUCGACCAGCUACUCUAGACAAGGAUGAUGAUGAAUAUGAUGCAUACAGAAAGAGAAUGAUGCUGGCAUAUAGAUUUAGACCAAAUCCUCUGAAUAAUCCCAGGAGACCAUACUACUGAUUUUGGAAAAUAAAUCAAUCUGGAAAAUUCUGGAACCUGAAGCACACAGCCGCCUGCACUGUCAUUUACUGUGUAAAUUCAGACCAGUAGUUAAUGUACUGAUAACAGCACAAGUACUUGUUGUAUGGUGAUAUACAGACAUUUUAUUUGACUUCUUUGAUAGGUGGAAGAAUGUUGAUAAUGAUGUCUUCCAAAACUGAUGAGAAAUGGAGAUUUCUAUUCUGUUAGUGCUUUAUUGAUGUUUCAUUAAUUCAAAGGUAAAUUUUAUUUGGUUUGAAAAACUUUGAAUGGAUUAAGUGCUGACCUUUGAUAACAAUAUUGAAUAAAUGCUGACAUUUGAUAACAAUCUUUCAGAUAUUAGUUUUGGUUGGUCAGCUACUGUUGUGUAUGAAUUGAAAUUGUAAUAUUACUUGUGAAAUAAAUCUGAUUAUUUGAAUGGAGGUAA